UAUCAAUGGCACUUGAGUCCACUGGGUGAUUGGAUCAGUCAGCGGCUCUCUGAUUGGCUGCCGCGUGCGUCACCGAAGAGGCUGCAUGAGCUGCUUCGUGCGGACCGAAACUAAACGCGGUGUGUAGUCUUUGUCAAACAAUACCAAGCGGACUAUAUACCGUUUCGGAACCGACGUCGAGCAUGUUCAUGGAUUCUAUCACGUCGUCGUGAUUCAUCCACGACCGGCCGCCUCUCUUCUUUUACCCCCCGCCCCGCCGCCGCACCGAAGCAUCCCUCGCCACCUCCGAGGUUCUCUCCUGCGCAAUCAUGGGCACCGUGCUCUCCAUCUCCCCUGCCACCAAGAAGGCGAUGGACGCAGACGUUGUCGACAAGGGCGACAAGAGCCUCAAGCGGCCAUCCAUGUUCGUGUCGCUGUCGUGGAAGAAGCUCGUGGCCAGCUCCGCUAAGAAGAGCGCCAAGAAGGUGACCCCCAACCCGAACCCGCCAUGCGUUCAGGUCGCCCAGCGAAACAGUGAGAACACCCGGAAAACACUUCAAACCGAGGAGCGCAAGCAGCGUGCCCCCAUCCCGGUGCCGGUGCCGACGGUGCCCACGCAGAAGCCCCCGGCGGCGGUGGUGCAGAAGCAAGGCAGCAGCCCGUCUGUGGUGUCGCCGCGGCGGAUAGUCAUCCAGGCUUCCACCGGGGAGCUGCUGCGCUGCUUGGGGGACUUUGUUUGCCGCCGCUGCUACAAGCUGAAGGAGUUAAACAGCGGCGAGGUCAUCCUGUGGUUUCGGAACAUUGACCGGACUCUGUUGCUGCAAGGCUGGCAGGACCAAGGCUUCAUCACGCCGGCCAACGUGGUGUUCGUGUACCUGCUAUGCGAGGCCACUCUGGAGGAGAGCGUGGCCAGCCCGGCCGAGCUGCAGGGCGCCUUCCAGACCUGCUUGUACCUGGCCUACUCGUACAUGGGCAACGAGAUCUCGUACCCGCUCAAGCCCUUCAUGAUUGAGGCCAACAAGGACGUGUUCUGGGAGACCUCGCUGGGCAUCAUCGACCGGCUCAGCGGGAAAAUGCUGCAGCUCAACGCGGACCCGCACUUUUUCACCGAGGUCUUCCAAGAGCUCAAGAGCCAGCGGGACUGCAACGAGGCCAGCCUGGACCGCUGACUCGUCGGACUCGGUGAACGAAUGGAACAGGAGGAAAUCACUGUAGGGCGGCUUUGAAUGUAAAGGCCAAUCCUAAAGGCUGGAUCUCGCUAAUGCGGCAUUAGUGUGUUUUAGACAGCAGGAGAAUUCAUUACUCGUGCAUGCGUGCAAUCAAUGGUGUAUUGUCCUUCCUAGAUUCUUAGUUACAAACGACAUUUCAAUGUUAAUUUCAUUCCGAGGGAUGAAGUGGCGGUCAAGAUGAGCUCUCCAAGGUGCUGACCUGUGAGCAACAGGCAGAAUUUAACUGUACGCCCCGAGAUACGAGUUCAAUGCGUGAUGCAAAAGACUCGUAUCGUUAAAAAAAAAAAAAAAUUAAUUCCUCAUGCCAUAUAAAGCUUUCUCCAUUAUGUGUUGGCAUCAAGCUAGAGGGCGCUGUGACUUGAGUUACUCAUAUUUCAAGGGAUCCAUUGUAUUUGGACGCCAAAGCACUAAAAACAAGUUUUUUUUUUUUUUUUUUUUUUUUUAAUUCUUCAGUAGUCUAUCUGAAGGACAAUGCACAUUGAUAUUAACUUUUGGGAUAUUAGAAUAGAACCUUAAAAUGUUAGGAAGCCACAUUGCUGCAUGGCUAUUUUCAUACAUGGUAUAGACAUUUUGAAUGAUGUUGAAGGGGUGAUUUAAUCCAAACAAGACUGUCAAGGUCUUUUUUUCUCUACCAUAUAUUACAGUUGAUUGUCUAAAAAUGUGCAGUGGUGCUUUGAGAUACGAGUUUAAAUCACUUGUAUCCCGAGAUGUCAUCCAAUUGAAUUAAAUGGACAUAAAAUAAAUGUGUUCUAGGCCAACAACAACACUGACGUGUUGCUUUUAACUCAAAUAGGCUACCAUUGAGGAUGAUAGAAAUGCCUGGCAAAGGUCAUUCGCGAAUGAUCGCUGCCAGCCUAUCCCAAUCCAAAGGGAAGAGACGACUAUCGCCGUCAAUGGCACUGGAACACCAUUGAUCAACUGAGUAUUUUUUUUUUUAGCACCAGCUAUUUAUAUUGUCAUUCCACAGCAAAAAAAACGACGAGAAUUGAUGGCAGCCCUAAUGUUGUGUAGUUCGCCAGGUGCCAUCUAGCAAUAGGAGUCUGAAGUACAUGCAAGACAAAAUGACCUUGGGAAAAACUUGUCAUUUAAGGUACUCAUAUCUCAAGGCACCACUAUAUUAAGAGGAAUGUAAUUUUUUUGUUCUCAAAGAAAAUACUUGGACAAUCUCGUAUGUGCCAAUUGUUUCAUUGUCUUUGCCUGCAACAUAUGGUUUACAUAAUAUUUUCCAUUUUAUUCUUUUAUCAAAAAGACAUGAAUGCUAUUUUGGGGGGGGGGGGGGAUUGACACUAUGUAAAUAAUGAAUGUGAGUCUGUACAAUUGUAUUAUUUGCACAUUUGUGUGUGUUUAUAAAUCGGUACAAGAGAAAUGAUCACAUGCCUCCGAAAGCAACUUUUAAAAUGUCUUGGUAUCAUCAUAGUUCUGUAUUUAUGAUCAUUGUUGGUAUGUUGUUGUGUUGUAAAGCCAUUGCUCGGAGCGGAAUGUCAUGCUGCUACUUUUUGCACAGUUGUGAACAAACCUCGUUUUGCACACCAUUUUUGGUCAUGUACCAACAGAUGCUGGAUCACUGGCCAUUCAUUUUUGGAACCUGCAGCUAUGAAACAAGGACAAUCACCUGUGAACCCCGUAUUUUGUACAGCUCAUUUCCCGAUCUGACUGGAAGUUGUUACUCGGUGUGUAGUUGGCCUGUGUGACGCGCUAGUCUUCAACUACAUAUCAAUUCAUUCUUGCUUCAUGUUGAUACAGUAAAUGGUCAGUGCAGUUAAUGUUUAUGGUGACCAGGGUGAAAUAAAUUAUUUCAAAGAUUAACCCAUGCAUAUUACUUUUGUGUUUAUUUUAACCAAUCGACAAAAAGAAUAGUAUGAAUGAAAUACUAUCAUGAUUAAGCAUGUGCAAUGGCGCCUUUUGUGAAUUGAUAGAAGCUUCCUC